AUGAAGCUCUCGGCGCCAAUUCUAUUCUUCUCUUUCUUUGCUGCUGCCUCGGUUGCCCAAUACACCGGGCCAUGUUCAGUUAACGACUGCGGUGCGAGUCACAGAGUGUGCGCUCGAGGAUGGCUCUGUGUCCCCUACCCAAGCUUUGACCCUGCAAAGAGACAAGGUUACCGAACAUCAAACAAGCUACAGCACGGAAUUCUGUAG